CAGUAUUUACCACGUGAAGGAUUUCUACCUUUCAAAACAUAACUGCAUAAAUAUAUAUUUGAAAUGGGGUGGAGGGACAUCAGGAGCGUGAUGAUACUGACAAGAUAAACAAGAUUCUAGACGGUAUUAUGAAACUCGCAGGAAUAGCAUUUAGAGUAGUACUACAUAUUCUCCUGGAUUUAAAUUAUAAAUAAUUCCUUUUAAUUUCUGUUGUAAAAGGAAUUAAAGGAUGACACAAAAUUUCACUGGAUAAUUUUGGGCCCAAUUAGUACCCUUGUCAAAAUUAUUAUUUCAUUUUCACAGGCUAGAUCUAUUGUAAACUUCUUCUUUUUAGCAGAGGGCAUAUAACAUCAUAUAACAUAACCUAGGUGUUUUUAUUUUUAUUUUGGAAGAUGCCAGAUGGUGGGCAGAAGUCAUCCUGCAUCAGAGACCCCCGUAUAGACCAGCUAACUAGAUGCACUGACUCUCCCUUCACUAUCAGCGGAACAGAGAGGAGCAGUGCAGGGUGGGGGUUGGAUGGAGGACAGUCUGCAGCCUGUGGGGAAGCACAGACUGGUGUCUUCUGCUCUGAAUGUUCCCGUGCCGCAUGGUGCUGAGGUGGAUGUCAGCGGAAUGCACCAGUGCCACAGGACCACAUCUCCACUUCAAACAUGGAUCUUUUACAUGCUCCAGACAGAGAUAUUGAGCUCCUUGUGUGGGGCCAAGACCACACUCUUGUGAAGAGGAUGCUACAGUGCCCCCUGUUGGAGCUGCAGUGCAACUGUCGUUCCCCAUACACAUCGGAUAUCCUGGAUAAUGGAGGGAGGGUCCUUCACAUCUGCGCUUUUCUCUCUGCUGCACUCGGCCGGGGGACACUUUGUAGCUCUCUCCUCCUCCUCUUCCUCCUCUACCUCCUCAGACUCUGCACUUGCUGCCAUGUCUCUGGAGCAAAAGACCACUUUUGCACUGGUGGUUUUCCUCUUUGUCUUCCUGCUCAUCCUCAUAGUGCGCUGCUUCAGAAUUCUUUUGGACCCGUACAGGAGUAUGCCCACAUCAACCUGGGCAGAUAGUCUGGAGGGUCUGGAGAAGGGCCAGUUUGACAACACCCUGGCAUAAGCCUGCACAAAUACGCACCAAAGCACACAAUGUAGCACAUUACAUUGGGUUUUAUUUAUAUAUGACAGUCAAGGAUGUUCCUCCCACUGUCUUGUUUUGUACAUACAAAAACAAAUAACUGAACUGUACAACAUCCCAGAUUUCAUAGUCUGUCCACCUGUGAACAAGUUUUCACAUUCAGAAGUCAAUGUUGAUAUUAGCCAUUUUUCCCCAUUUUCCUCUCUUUAUGUACAGUGUUGCAUUACCUUAAGGCAUUUUAUAGCUACAAUGUGUAUUAACUAAAUGUCAAAAUGUCAGGUGUUCUGCUGCAUUUUUCUCAAAUAGGUUAAUAUUUACUACACUGAACAAGUAUAAUGGAGUUUUUAUUCAUAUCAAUAGUUGAGAAAGACAUCACAGCAAGUCACAGUGUAGUUAGUAGUAUGGUAAAGAGAAAAUGCCGCAUAGGUUUCCAUCCAAAAAACACCUCAAUUUAUAUCAAAUACUUAAUCAAAAUUCAGAUGUGCACUUGCACUGUAAACACCAUGAAGAAAAAACAGACUGGAGUGCCUCUCCCAUACAGGGUAUUAUAAUAGCCAUUGUGUCACCUCUUUUUCGUCUUCUUCAUCUUGCUAAUGAUGCUCCUUUUGCUGUGUAAGCUGCCAAAAUCGUAAUUGCUUUCUUUUCCAAUGUGAAUUAGAGAGUUUAAAUGUGUACACCGAUUAAGUAGCCUAUAUUUAUUAAAUAGAAGAAAAUAUUUUGGCAGGACUAUAUGGGGACAAGUGUUUGCACUACUGCAUUGUUUCUCAACAACUGGGUCACAGCCCUCAGGUGGAUCAGCAUGUAGGUCUGCAAUAUACAGUACUGACACAUGUUGAAAUGUUAAGACAUGUUUUGUAUAUAUAUAUAUAUAUAUUUUUUUGUAAGUAUUUUAUUAUUUUAUUUACUAUUUUGUUCCAGUAUUGCUGGUUCAAUUGAAUGUUGAAAAGAAAAAUAAAUGGGCUACAUUUAAUGUCCAAAUAGGCCACUUAUGGAUCCUUUUAUUGCCGGUUCAAUUACUUUUUUUCAUUGUUUAAAACUUGAAUAAUACUAAUUGUUCAGAGAGACACUGUCACUCAGUCAACAAUAAAAUAUUCUCAUUAAUGGUCAAAUCCACCUUUAUUUUGUGAUUUACAAAGAAUGUCUAUUGACAUGGGUUGUGAAGGUUUGUGACCUAUAAAAUAUGGGUCCCCAGAAGAAAAGUUUGGGAAACACUGCACAUUAGGGUACAAGGGUUUAAAACAGAUUUGAUCAUCUAUAGCUACAAAAACAAAUAGAUUUAAAUCCAGACUUUAUGUGCUGAGUUCUAAGUGUCUUGAUGGGAGAUUAUGAUGAUUAUCCACAUUGUUCAGUAAAGGCAUUUGAAAACUUUUCAAGGCUCAAGGUUCUUUAUUUGUCAUUCAAACAUGCGAGAGAAACACAUGACAGAACGAAAUGUGCUCCCCGAGGCCCAGUGAUCCAGAAAGAGAUAAAAAAACAAUAAUAAAUAAGCAAUGUUAAAAAAUAAAUACAUUUAAAACAACAACAUUUAGCAGUCCAAUGAACAAGUAGUAAAACGUGGCAAGAUAGAGAG